UGAAUCAGAGCGCACACUUCCCGUGGCCUUCCAGUGACUGAGCGGUGAUACUGGACCAGCUACCCACACGAAGUGCCACAUGGUCCGGAUCAAAACUGGCUCCAGAACCGGGGAUGUGGACGGAACUCACCUGAGCGGACUCGCGCUUCGGAACAAACUACAACUUUAAACAUUUACAUUGGAUUUAUUCGCGGUACUGGAUGAAAAUGGAUGUACUGUGGAUCAAUCAUUUCUUCUUGUUGGCAUGUUUUUGUGGAUCGGUACUUGGGAAUCCGAACAAAUGUGAUGAAGUGCGCAAAGUUUUUCAGCUAAGACAGAUUGGACCAAGUCAGUUGCUACCGCUGAGUCCUAGGCCAGGUUCGGACCUUCAGGUUUGCACAUCCAAAAACCUGACCUGCUGCACUAAAAAGAUGGAGGAGAGGUACCAGAUGGCAGCAAGACGGGACAUCCAAAAUCUGCUGCAGAUGUCAAGCUCCAGUCUGAAAUUUCUCAUCUCCAGAAAUGUGGCUGCGUUUCAAGAGAUCUUCGAGCAGCUGUUGAGGCAGGCUGAAAACCACUCCGUGUCAGUGCUGCAGGAGUCCUACAGAAACAUGCCAGACCACGCCAUGGAGCCAAUCCAGGAGCUCUUCACGGACAUCGCUCUUUACUUACUGGGAUCUGAACUGAACGUAGACGACUUGAUACAACGCUUCUUUGACUCUCUGUUUCCAUUCGUCUACAACCACCUGAUCAACCCAGGCCUCGGUGACAUCUCCCCAGCGUACGCCGAGUGUUUGAGGGGAGCGAGGAGGGAGGUUAGACCAUUUGGACAAGCCCCGCCCAUUCUGACGGACCAGAUCUCGCGCUCGGGGAUGUCGGGGAAACUGCUCCUCCAGGCUCUUCAUCUCGGUAUAGAGGUCAUCAACACCACGGACCACCUCCAGCUUAGCCGCGAGUGCAGACGGGCCCUCCUCAAGAUGCAUUACUGUCCACACUGUCAGGGCCUCACUGAGUCCAAGCCGUGCAUGGGCUACUGUCUGAAUGUGAUGCGGGGGUGUCUGGCCAGUCUGGCAGAGAUUGAUGUUCACUGGAGGGAGUUUGUGCGCUCUCUGGAGGGUCUGUGCUCUCGGAUGCAGGGCUCCCAGGACCUGGAGCAAGUGCUGCUGGGAGUUCACACGCUGCUGCAUGACGCCGUGGGCAAUGCGCAAAGGAAUGGACCUCGCAUAACUACACAGGUUCAUAAACUGUGUGGUCCUCCAAACAGAAGCCCCUCUCAGUCUGUUAGCAUCAGUGUGGCUAAGGACCCACUGCCUCUCAAAGCUGCUCCUAGACCGACGGGGGACUCUCUCGCCCAAAGGAAAAAAGAUUUUCUGAGUGGCCUACGUUUGUACCGGACAUACUACGGUGGCCUGGCGGAUCAGUUAUGUGUGAACGAGCUUUCCCGAGGUGAUGGAACUUCCUGCUGGAAUGGCACCAACAUUGUUCACAGCUACACACUCCGAGUGGUGGGCAGUGGCAUCAAAGCUCAGAGCUCCAACCCAGAGGUGAAAGUGAAAGAAGCUGACCCCGUUAUAAACCAGAUUAUCGACAAACUCAAGCACAUCAAUCAGCUCCUCCAAGGCAAGUCUAUCCCUAAACUGGGCACGUUGGACCAGAUCGAAACAGGAAGUGGGGACUCGGAGGGGCGGUACAGUGGUGACUGUGACGAUGAAGAUGGCUGCAGUGGUUCAGGAGGAGGAGAGGUCAAGAGGAAAGGCUCCAGAGUCUCCAAAACGAGUCCAGAUGCGCCCAGUGAUCAGGACCCUCAUCAUGGCCGUCAUCACCAUUCCCCAUCUGCCAAAGACCCGGGUGUGAAGAGCUCAUCCCGGAGUGGCGCACUGACGGCAGCCAUGUUGGUGCUGCUACUGCCCUGUUUACACACACUCCUGGCUUUGUAACUACUGCCUCUCGCCAUCAACAAACUCUGGUUCUCCGGCCUGUUUGGACAUUAUAGGCUUGAUUAUUGGAGAGAAGAGUGAGGGCCCUUCAACGUGGAUGGACUAGUGCAACAGACUGUGGCUUUGUGCUAUAAAGGACUUUAUUUUAUUUUCUAUUAGACAUCGCAAAGGUUCAGCAGAAAAGAUAUUUAUGUGCUAAUAACAUGAGUUAGAAGACUGAAGAGGUCACUUUGACAUUAAUUUAACUGUUUAAAACAUUUAAUAUAUGAUCUGUACAUAAAGCACUGUUACUACACUGUAAUAUUUCAACAAAAUUUUUUGAGUCUACUUUGUACAGGCUAAAACCCUGAAAAUGUGUUUAUUGCUGGACAACUUUAACUGUAUUAGUUCACAGGUGGAUGUGAUACAGCUUGCAUCUUUAUAGGUUAACCACAUGUUCCCGAUAACCUGCCAUCUGCCUGAUUCAUUACAUCUAUAUCUACUCCUACAUCUGUCAUAUUGAUUCAAAUUAAAACAAUAAAACAGCUA